AUGGGUAGACAACCGAUGCACCAGCCGAGUCCAGAUAACUCUGCCUUCUUUGAGAACUGCGGCAGCGAGGAACUAGAGAUUAUCAUCAAGCGGACCGUGUUUGACGGAGGGGCAGAGGAUGCUGCCGAUCCAGGAGAAGAAGUGAGCAUUGACAAUCAUGAUCGCUCCUUGCGCAUGAGUUUUGGAAGAUGGACCACUCAGGAUAAGGCUACUUGGGCGUGUCCCGACUGUACGUAUGUCAAUGCACCUCUCCACUUGACCUGUGCAGUCUGCGGCAAAGCCAGGGGACACGAAGAAGCCAUGAACGCAUCCACUUCCAGUCAGCACACAGAUAAUUCGUGGAGAACGGAGCAUCAACCAAUAGCGCCCGUGCAAGAGUCCUUUGUACCUGACGACUAUGAUCCAUUCUUGGAGCAAUUACAACGGGAACGACACGCCGAAGUCAUGGAAUUGCAACAGAAUAUCCUCAAACAGGCUGCCCUGGACUUGUCCGUCAAAUCCGAAACCAGUGGAAGGGGGGCUCAAGCUCAAAAUCAAUACCAGCAAUCCUCUACAUACAGUACCAACACCAACACCAACACACCGAAACUAGAGGAAGAAGAUCGAGACUCCAUUUUUGACAAUCUCUCAGAUAAGGAAGCCAUGGAAUUGCGCAAGAUAUUGAACAUGAAUGCAGGGAACAGUUCCGAAUUUCUGCAAUCGCAACGCACAUCCCUUACAGACAGUACCGUGUCAACCUCCGCGUCCUACACGUCUGCUAAUAAUUAUUCAAGGACGGCACAACAACAGCAGCAACAAGGCAUGGAUGACAGUGUCGUCUCCAUGCCCGAACGAGGAACAAGAACAGAUUAUCGUCAACGAAAUAAUUAUUCUUCAUCGUCAGCAAAUGAAAUGGACCGAUCGUUGCCAGCUCGACCCAGACAAUCACGACGUCAACAACAGGGAGGACGCUUGGCUUCGGUCAUUGACGAUUACGAUGACGUCGCUGGGGACGACAUUAUGGAUGACGAUAUUCUGGCUAAACUCGCCGCUCGAAGCCAUGGACCACCUCCUGGUCGUCGGGCAAAUCGCCCCAGUGCCACCCGCAAUGCCGAUGAUGACAUGCCCGACUUGACGGGCAUGACUAGUAGUGUCAACAGCAGCACCACCACCACCAGUCAGCCAGGGGAACGACCUCGGUCGACCGCUUCACCACGACCGAACGGUGCUGCGGGAGGAUCGGAAGUAUCCGUUACGAACAGAGUUCGUCGUGUCACCAGUGGGGAAGACAUUGAUGCAGAUACACUCAUCAAGAUUGCCGCUUCCAGAGGUCGUACCAGUACUCCUCACGUACAGCAAAGUCACACAUCGACCAAAUCGCCAGCAAGAUCCCCUACACGUGCCAGACCGAACAGUGCUACUAGAGGAAACGGUGUCACUCGGGGAAGAUUCCCAAAGAAUACACCUCGGGAAAGAUCGCCUCUUCGGCCGAACGGUGCUUCUGGAGAAUACGAAACAUCCCUUACGAACAGAGUUCGUCGGGUCCAAAGUGGGGAAGACAUUGAUGAAGAUACUCUUAUCAAAAUUGCGGCUUCCCGUGGUCGUGGGCCUUUUCCUGAACAGCAGAGCCUCACAUCGGCCCAAUCGCCAGAAAGGUCUCCAUACCAGGCACGACCUCGCUCUCGGUCGCCUGCUUCACGGGGGACUGUAUCGCCGAGAUCCCCUAAAAAAAGAGUCCUGCGCGUCCUCAGUGGGGACGAUAUGGACGAUAUCGAUGCAGAUACCAUGAUUAAAAUCGCGGAAGCAAGCGGCCGUGGUCCUGUAGCUCCUGUACAGCAAAGCCCGUCCUCGCCCAAGCGAUCUCCCGUCAGAGCUAGGGGUGUGUCACCCGACGAAAGAUCCAUCUCACCAACCCCGCCUGUGCGAGUUCCUCCCCCCUCUCAAAACCGAGGUCGAAGCUUUGGUGGGCCCGACCUGGACGAAGAUAUCAUGAUCAAAAUUGCUGCGGCUUCUGGGAGCCAAGCUACUACACGCCAAACCGCCGACGUCGCAGAGCGAGCAACUUCGCCGCCUCUCACGGAAGCUACCAGUGCAGACGAAGCGACGAGUGACAAUGGCGGCGGCGAGGGGGAUUUCGGGCUCGAAGUUAUCGAUGCUUCGUGUAGUUUUCAUUGCGAAGAAAAGACCCAUGAUCAGAAUGGACUCAUACUCGAUGCUCCACCUGUCAAAACGGGUGGCAAAGGCAGCAAGGUUUCAUUGAAAAAGGCCGCCAAGGGACUGCUGAAACAGUUUCGUAAGAAAAAGCAAUAA